GGCCUGGCGAGGGCGACGGAGGAGGAGGCGGAGGAGGCAAGAUGGCGGCGCCCGGGGACGGUGAGGGGGCGCGGGAGGGAGGGGGGGAGGGAGGGAGGGGGGCCUCAAGCCAAGGCGCUAGUCCUCGGGGGGGGGGGGGGGAGACAGGCUCCGUGGCAGCCGGGGAAGGAGAGGGGCAGAGGCGCCCGGGAGAGGCUGCUUCUGUUUCUCCUUCUUCUCCUCUGCUGCUGCUUCUGCAUCUUCCUCCUCCUCCUCCUCCUUCCUCUUCUCCUUCUGCUGCUGCAUCUUCCUCUUCUUCUGCAUUUUGCUUCUGCUUCUGCUUCUUUUCUGCUUCCUCUGCUUCUUCUUCUUCUUCUUCCUCCUUCUCCUCCUCCUCCUUCUGUUGCUUCUUCUGCAUUUUCCUUCUUCUUACAGUGGUACCUCGAGUUACAGACACUCAGGUUACAGACUCCGCCAGCCCAGAAAUAUUACCUCAGGUUAAGAACUUUGCUUCAGGAUGAGAACAGAAAUCGCUGCGGCAGCUGCAGCAGCAGGAGGCCCCAUUAGCUAAAGUGGUGCUUCAGGUUAAGAACAGUUUCAGGUUAAGAACGGACCUCCAGAAUGAAUGAAGUUCUUAACCAGAGGCACCACUGUAUUCUGCUUCUCCUUCUUUCUCCUCCUCCUCCUCCUGCUUCUUCUCUGCUUCUUCUUUCUUCUUCUGCUUCUUCUUUCUUCUUCUGCUUCUUUUUCUUUUUCUUCUUCUUCAUCUGCUUCUCCUCCUCCUACUUCUGCUACUUCUUUUCUCUUCUGCUUCUUCCUUCUUCUUCUUCUUCUUUUUCUUUUUCUUCUUCUUCCUCUGCUUCUCCUCCUCCUACUUCUGCUACUUCUUUUCUCUUCUGCUUCUUCCUUCUUCUUCUGCUUCUUUUUCUUUUUCUUCUUCUUCAUCUGCUUCUCCUCCUCCUACUUCUGCUACUUCUUUUCUCUUCUGCUUCUUCCUUCUUCUUCUGCUUCUUUUUCUUUUUCUUCUUCCUCUGCUUCUCCUCCUACUACUUCUGCUACUUCUUUUCUCUUCUGCUUCUUCCUUCUUCUUCUGCUUCUUUUUCUUUUUCUUCUUCUUCCUCUGCUUCUCCUCCUCCUACUUCUGCUACUUCUUUUCUCUUCUGCUUCUUCCUUCUUCUUCUGCUUCUUUUUCUUUUUCUUUUUCUUUUUCUUCCUCUCCUUCUCCUCCUCCUACUUCUGCUACUUCUUCCUCUGCUUCUUCUUCUUCCUUCUUCUUCUUCUUCUUCUUCUUCUUCUUCUUCUUCUUCUUUUUCUUCUUCUUCCUCUGCUUCUCCUCCUCCUGCUUCUGCUACUUCUUUUCUCUUCUGCUCGCUGCUGUGGAUGCCCACCUUGAGAAAUCAACUCCAAGAGGAAAGGGCAGCAGCUUAAAAACACCCCCCCCGGUCCCCCCCUUGCUUUUAAUGCCUCUGUGGCAGCAGCACUGGCCUGGUUGGUGGGCCGUACAUCCGAAGUUGCUUUGGCUUGUCCUGGGCAAGAUGAAGCCACAGACCAAUGCAGAGAGUAGUAAAGAUGAGGUUCUAAGUCGGAGCCUAGGAAGCUGGUCUUCUGGGGGCCUUUAUCCCCACCCAGCCCUCCCUGGGGUCAAAGCCGGGGCCUCCUGCGCACACGCUCUUCCCACUGGGCUGCAGCGAAGCCCCUUGUGCACAUUGCCCUCGUGUCGUGGCAGAAGGCACUUGGCUGCCGUUUGUGGCGCAGGAGGAUGUGUGGCGGCUCUUGGUAGAGAUGCGCCCAGGCAGUCAAAUCCUGUUUGGUGCUGCUUCAUAGAAUACAGUCGUGUGAUGCCACUGUUUUGUUCAGUUUCUGUGCAGGAGGGUACGCUCUCUUCUGUAUAGCUCCCAAACUUUCAUAUAUGUAAAAUAAAAAAACACUUAGCCUUGCAAAUAAACAGAUAAAUAGCCUAACUGAAGGGACUGCCUAAGCAGCUUUGUAUUUCAGCAGAAGAAAUAGAUGAGGCCCUGGUGACAUUUUCUCCACCUUCCCGUUGCACCUCAGUGCCUCUGAUGUCAUUGGGAGAACAAGUUGACCUAACUGGGCCUUCUCCUGGCUCUGUGUGGUUUUUUUGUUAACCAGAUGCAGCUGCUUUGUGUAAACCAAAACUCUUUGUAAGCCAAGUUUGUAGAACACACUGAAAAAUACAGAUGUGAAUCUUGACUCUAAAAAUACAUUUUUUAAAAAAACAAUGGGAAACACAAUGGACUCCAUUUAAAAAAAUCCCACACAAUGUGCCUUUUCCAUUGCUACUGGUACAGCACCUUCACUCUCUUCGGUGGGUUAAAAAUGUUGAAUUUGUCACCUUCUGGAUCUCAUAAGAAGAUCCCUUUACACACCGAAACAGAACCACCAAUCUGGAGAACUGACUUGGCUUCACCCUUUUCUUUCACUCUAGGCCCUUCGGUCUGAGACAAACCUUGGCCACUCUUGACCCCGGUGUAAGAGCAGCAGAAACUUGAACUCUUGCCCUGGCAGGAAUCCCUGGGAAAAGCUCUCCAAGGCAGACGUUCAGGAAGAGAGUGCACGAUGGCCCUGGAAACUGUGAAGGAGCUCUUGAGCUUUGACUGCGGCUUGCUGGUGGCUUACCAGGUGUACAAAAGCUCCCAGCUGGAGUCCAUCAGCUUUCAGACCAGCCAAAUGAGGGAUGUCUUCUUACAGCACCCUGAGGUUGUGCUCAUUCAUCGAACCCACAACCCGUGGGGCAAGGCCCUCUACACCUUCAUGGUGGACCAGCCUUUCAUGCAGCUGGAAGGGGAGGUGACCAAGGUGAUCCACUUCGCAGUCCCCACCAGGGAGUCGGCGGAAGGCCUGGCUCAAAUGUACCGCACCUUCAAGGCCUUCAACCCCGAAUGGAAGCAGAUCAAGACCUUCCUGGUUGACCCGCGCUUCCGGUGGCUGCCGGCGCUGUCGGAAGCGUUCCCCUCUGUGGACGUCCAGCUGUCUGUCUUCCACAUAUGCAAACACUUGCAGCACAAGAUCCAGCAGGUCUCCCUGGAAGCCCACACGGAAAGGCUGGUUCUGAGCGCCUUGAGGAAUGCCAUGUGUGCCCCCAGCGAGAGCAACUUGAGGAAGCUGUACACCAUCCUGUGUGGCUUUGUGAAGCCAAACCGCUUGCCCCAGCUCCACAAAGAGUGGCUGCUCAACGAGAAGAUCUGGGCCUUUCACCGCUGGCGGACCUGGGGCCAGUGCAGCCAGUAUUUCAAAGAUCUGGAGAUGCUCACACACACCUUAAGCCAGAUCUUCUGCAUAGGUCCAUCCCUGGAGACCUGCAUCACCAAAAUAGCAAAGACUUACCAGAAGGUUGCCCAGAAGAGCUCCGUGGAGUCUGUGCCAGGCCCAGGCCCUUUGCUCGGGGAGAACGGCUCCUCCAUCCAGAACCUGCUGGUUCUUCGCUCCUCUGCUGCAAACUCUCAGAGGUUUCUGCUUCCAAGGAAUUCUGCGCCGACCGCCGUGCCGACUCCCCUGAAGCCAGCGGCAGGGGUUGCAGCUGAAGAGUCGGCUCGCGAGGAGGAGGCAGAGGUGACUUCCAGAGAGGCUGAGGAGCGGAUCAAGCAGUCCUUGAACGACAUCUGCACAGAGCCGGCGGCCAGGCUGUGCUUGAACGAGUUUGCGGUUGUCCAGAGCUCUGCGCAGUUGAUGGGAAACAACGGAGAGGUUGCCAGCAUACAGAUCCUGGAAGACGCCCAGGCCGUGCGCCACAAGGGCCUCAACAGCUGCGCCUGCCACUUCAGCCAGACCUUCCAGCUGCCCUGCCGGCACGUCCUGGCUGUGCUGAACUCCGAAGGGAAGGAUUUCGAGCCUGGCAAGAUCCCAGCGCGGUGGCGCAAGGAAACAGCACAUCCCAAGAGGGACAGAGCAGCACCGACGGGCUGCUGGAGGUCCUGAGUUGCUCGUGGGACAAGUUGUUGGACAAGUACCUGGCUGUGUCGUUUCUCACUGCGGAGAUCAGCCGGCUUCUGAGCCAGUGCAGUCACGAGGAGUUUGAUCGCAGGUACAGCACCCUCCGCGAGCUGGCCGACAGCUGGAUUGGGCCUUACGUGCAGGUGAAGUUGUAAUUGAGCUCAGGGCGCUCGGGAGCAGACCCUUGGGCUCCGAGUGCCUGUGGGGCUCCUCCUUUGUGGGGGGAGCUUUGAUGAGCAGCCCAAGACUGUGCACACAACUGCAAACCUGUGCUCUUGUCUGAGACUUUGCUGGCAACUCAGAGGUGCCUGACAUGACCUACAGUCCCGUGAAGUCCACCCCCUCGUCUUUCUGCAUUACUAUUCCUCUAAGUCAGUUGGUUUUAACCCCACCAGCAUGUCUGGUUCUCCAUGUCAAAGGGGACCAGGUGUGUCCCCCAAGUCCUUUUUUCCUCCCUCCCUCCCCUGAUUAUUGAAACAGGGCCCCCUGCACCCAGCGAGAGCAGGACUUCUCUUUCGUAAAUGUCGUCAAUAAACAAGUCUUUCCUGUU